UUGACAGUAGCAUCUAUAUCACGAUACUUCAACAAAGCACGAUCCAGGCCAUAGGAGGCCAUUCCAGCGUAGGCUUGCCUGCGGAGAUAGUGAUUGAUUCGCGGCGAGUGAUUUCUGAAGAAGACAGAGGCAGACCAAAGGAAGCCGAAGAAGGCUUUGCAAAGGAUCAAUACGAUAGCUUGUUGCGGGGGUAUAGAAGUUGUUGAAGACGGCGAAGGCCAGGACAAGUAUCUCUUGGAAUAAACUUCGCGCCUCUUCCUACGUGCAACCGGGUUACUGUGUCCGAUUUCGUUCUGUUGCCUAUACGACGGAUCCUUAGCUUCUUGUUAUCUUCAACUUCAGGGCGGCAGCAGCGUUUUUCUUUUCUUAAAGAAUAUUAUUCCAAUUAUCGGCAAACCGCUUCAAAAUGUCAUCUGACGGGGAUGAGGUGGCGGAGGAUUACCGCCUUGCCCUGGAGGACCUCUCCUCCAACAUGCGUUUCGAGAUUAGCAAUUUGACAGUAAUUGCUAGAGAGAACACCGAGCAUGCUUUGGCCAUUGCGGAGGUUUUGCAGCAGCACAUCCUCAAGGCGCCACCGAAUAAAAAACUGCCCGCUCUCUACGUGAUGGACUCAAUUGUCAAAAACGUUGGCACUCCUUACACGCUGUAUUUCGGCCGGCAGCUGUUCAAGAUAUUCAUGGAGUCAUACGCGGUCGUUGACCACGGCAUCCGCAGGAAGAUGGAGGAAAUGCUUAAGACGUGGAAGGAUCCGGUUCCUGGCUCAUUGGACACACGACCCGUCUUUUCACACGAGCUGGUGCGGCCGAUCGAGAACGCCUUGAUGAAGGUCAGAGCCGCGAGCAUGCCCCAACCGGCCCAGAGCGCCAUUCCUGGUCGGCCUCGGUCAGCAAUGUUUCCUCCUCACCGAAACACCCCGACGCCACCGGGGAUGCGUGGAUAUGCCGGUCAGCCCGGCAACUUUCCGCCUCAGCCUCACCCAUUCUCUAACGGAGGGCAUCCUGGUGAGCCAUUGCCGGGCCAUGUGCCGCUUCCUGGACAGCAGCCUGCUCCAUAUCUCCCACCAUCCACCACGGCCUCUUACAACUCGACCCCUGUUCCCUUCCCAUACGGCUCAGGCUUGCCCAUGCCCUCUGGAAUAAGCGUAGAGACGUUGAGCAGUGACAUUCAAAAACUGAUUGUUGCGAUGCGGGCCGAGUUCUCACAGAAUCCGCAUGAUGGCGGCGUCCAGAGCAGGCUGAAGGCUCUUUUGGACCUCCAGAAUGUUGUGCAGCACUCGAAUCUGCCUGCAGACCAGCUUGAGCUCAUUAAGAACAAAGUAACCGAACUCGCUGCCGUGACAAUGAGGGCCCCCCUGGCCCGUAAUUCUGCGACUGCAACCCCCCCUAUCCCAGCACCGGCAACGGCGCCGCCUCUGGCGCUUCCUGUGCAUCCUCCCUCAGCCUCUGUAACCCCGACACCUGUGCCGGCGGCCCAGCCUGCCGCGCCGGUGACGCUCGAUUCAUUGCUGGGACAAGGGGCGAUGGCGGCUUUGUUGGGAAUGCAGGCGGCGAACUCUCAGAAUACGACGCCUCAGCCUCCGUUUGCCGGUGUCCCCAUACGGUCACCACCGAUGAAUCACAUCGAACCGCCCAAGGCGGCGCCGAUGCCACCGGCUAUGCCGACGGCUCCGGCUCCGAAUGCUUUGUCCUUGGUAGAACAGCUUCGAGCGGCUGGUAUUCUGCCACCCCCGACACCCACAAACGUUCCGCCUCCAAGCCAAGCACCGGCUGCUCCACCACCGCCGUCGUUGUUCCCUCCGGGUCUGUCGGCGAGCAUUGCCAGUUUGCUGGCUGCCCACAGGCCGGAUUCUGGCCGAUCCAGCGUAGAUGGACUGGGCAGCUCGUCUGGAUUGGAUUCGACUGCUCUCAAGUCGCAGUUCCGACCCGAUGCUGUUGCCGCCUUAUAUGACAAUCUUGGACCUCCAUGCACGCAGUGUGGCAGGCGGUUCAAGACGGACGAGGAGGGGAGGCGGAAGAAGACGGCUCACAUGGACUGGCACUUUAAGGUACACCAGCGCAGCACAGAAGCCGAGAAACGAGGCACGCACCGAAGCUGGUACGUUGACCAGCAGGACUGGGUCAAGGCUCGCGAAGCGGUCGAUGCGAUACAUGACGUGUCCUCCAAAGAAGAGUCUGCUCAAGCAGCCAAGGACUCGGAGGGGCCCAAGUACAUUCUCGUGCCCGAUCCAAGCAGCGGCAUCAACAAUGUAUGUCCGAUUUGCCAAGAGAGAUUCGAAAACAAGUGGUUCGACACCGUGCAAGAGUGGGUGUGGCUCGACACGGUCCUGGUGGGCAAUCGAGCGUAUCAUGCCUCGUGCCGCGCCGAGGCAACGAGAGACCGGGAGUCUACGCCUGGCCUGUCACGCCGCACGCCCGAGCCGGUGCUGGGGAAGCGGAAAGCAGAGACAAAUCUGGCGUCGCCCAAGGUGCGGGUACAGAAGGCGUAUGUGUAACGG